AGAAAUCUGACUCUCUCUUCCGCUGUGUAUACCCAUUGCGAUUCUCUGGCUCGCUUACUUUUCCAUACCUUAUUUCCCAAUUGAGUGCCAUCACUCAAACCGGUAAAGAACCCACCAAUUCAGUAAUCAAUCAUCACCCCCAAGUGAGAUCGGGGAUGGAUUUUUAAAUCAUCAUGGAAGAAAAUUAACGGCUUUGGGUGCCAAUCAAGACUCUUCUAACGCACUGAUUUUCUCAACUAGUUGAAGAAAGAAAGAGUAGGAACAUAAAUGGCGUUUUCGCGGCUCAGACAUCAGAUGAUGAUCUCACGCGCUCCUUCCCUCCUCCUCAAAACUCGCGUUCUUUCCACCUCCUCUCGAUCCGUCACGCGCUGUGCAAUCUGUUCUGGUGCGAAACACUCUUUUGUGGAUGGCAAUGAUUUUUAUUUAAGGCCUACUUCGAUUUUCAUGAUCACUGGAGUACACGAUAAAUUUUUGAAGCUCAAGUUGGGAAUUGGUGUUCGUCAUUUCUCAUCUUCAGAGCCAUCGCAUAUGGUCAUUGGAAUGCCAGCUUUAUCUCCUACUAUGACACAAGGUAACGUUGCAAAAUGGAGGAAGAAAGAAGGAGAUAAGAUAGAAGUGGGUGAUGUACUGUGUGAAAUAGAGACAGACAAAGCUACACUUGAAUUUGAAAGUCUUGAAGAGGGAUUUUUGGCAAAGAUACUGACACCGGAAGGUUCAAAGGAUGUACCUGUUGGACAACCCAUUGCCAUAACGGUUGAGAAUGAAGAUGACAUCCAAAAUGUCCCUGUUGAUAGUAGUGGAGCAGAGAUUAAAGAGGGAAAAUCAGCUGAGCAGGAUGCCAAAGGUGAAGAUGUGGGAAGCAAAUCUGCUAGGAUCAACACGUCUGAACUUCCCCCUCAUGUUUUUCUUGAAAUGCCAGCACUAUCACCAACAAUGAACCAAGGUAAUAUCGCCAAGUGGAGAAAGAAAGAAGGAGACAAGAUAGAAGUGGGAGAUGUUAUAUGUGAGAUAGAGACAGAUAAAGCCACCCUUGAAUUUGAAUGUCUUGAAGAGGGGUAUUUGGCUAAGAUACUGGCACCUGAAGGUUCAAAGGAUGUGGCUGUAGGACAACCUAUUGCACUCACAGUUGAAGAUCCAAAUGAUAUUGAAACUGUAAAGACUUCCAUUAGUAAUGGCAUGGAGGUUAAGGAAGAAAAAUUUACCCGGCAUGAUUCAAAGGAUGAAACUAGAGAAGAAAAGCCAAGUUUUUCCAGGAUCAGCCCCUCUGCUAGGUUGCUUAUUUCAGAGUAUGGAUUGGAUGCAUCAACAUUAAAGGCAUCAGGCCCUUUUGGCACUCUUCUAAAGAUUGAUGUGUUGGCUGCAAUUAAAGCAGGAAAGGGAUCUUCAAAAAAAUCUGUUCCUAAGGAGAAAGAAGCCCCAUCACCUCAAAAAGGCCCGUAUGCUUCAACCACAGUUUUGCCAGAACCUCAGUCGCAGCAAUCAGAUUCUUUUGAAGAUAUUCCAAAUACUCAAAUUCGCAAGGUUAUAGCAAGAAGGUUAUUGGAGUCAAAACAGACUACACCACACCUAUAUUUAUCAACAGAUGUUAUACUGGAUCCUCUUAUUUCUUUCAGAAAGGAGCUCAAAGAGCAUCAUGAUAUCAAAGUAUCAGUAAAUGAUAUUGUUAUCAAAGCUGUUGCAAUUGCUCUGAGAAAUGUACCAGAAGCUAAUGCAUAUUGGAAUGAGGAUAAAGGGGAAAUAGUUUUCUGUGAUUCUGUUGACAUAUCAAUAGCAGUUGCCACUGAGAAGGGUCUAAUGACUCCAAUUGUUAGGAAUGCAGACCAGAAAUCCAUUUCGUCAAUCUCUGCAGAGGUCAAGCAACUAGCUGAAAGAGCUAGGGCGGGGAAGCUUACUCCAAAUGAGUUCCAAGGAGGGACUUUCAGCAUUUCAAACCUGGGAAUGUAUCCAGUGGACCAUUUCGCUGCAAUUAUAAAUCCUCCGCAGGCGGGCAUCCUAGCAGUUGGUAGAGGGAACAAAGUUGUUGAGCCACUACUUGGAAGUGAUGGGUGUGAGAAGCCUGCAGUGGUCACCAAGAUGACCUUGACUUUAUCUGCUGAUCAUCGUGUUUUUGAUGGCAAAGUCGGAGGUGCAUUUCUGUCAGCUUUGCGAUCUAACUUCAGUGAUAUUCGGCGACUUCUUCUAUGAGGGGCCCUCGAACUAACAAUUGGCUUUUCAAAUAAUAAGCCAUGACAGAGGAUGCUGUGCUCAAGCUGGUUAGGGAAUUUUCCGAGAUACCCCAAUUUGUUCAAGUUUCAAGAAGUGUCUUUUAACGGUGAUUUAGCCGUGCACUCUUACUAAAUAUCUCCGUUUGAUGAACUCAUCUUGAUAUUAGUUAGUGCUCUGAUUGUUCAGGUGUCGAUCCAUGCAAGAUUUUGCCAUGUAUCAAACUUCCAAUAUUACAAGAUUUUCAGUGUUUUUCGUCUGAAGAUUGUGCUGCAAAUUUGGUUUAUUUGAAGAAAGAAUAAUGUACAACAGAGGUAUACAUAGUUGAAUCAAUAAAUUGUUCACAGUUGAAUAAAUAAAAAUAUAUGUUUUUCUUAUAUGCAA